GGCGAGAAAGCAGGACGACCAAUGAGAUUGAAACCUUAGCGAAGAAGACAAAGGACUAUGAAUCAAAUCCAGAAGCUUCUUUUUACUUACUAGGCAAUCACCAAGAGAGAGAGAGGAGAGAGUCAACGAUGACAGAGACGAUGAUAGUUCGCUCUGCUUUGACGCGUUUUGCCGGAGCUUUCUUCCUUGUCAUCUUCCUCGUUGAUGUUGUUAGCUGCGAGGAGUGCACAAGAACCUGCAUUGCGAAGAAUUGCGACACACUUUCUAUACGAUAUGGGAAGUAUUGUGGGAUUGGACACUUUGGGUGUCCUGGAGAGAAGCCUUGUGAUGAUCUUGAUGCUUGUUGUAUGGUCCAUGACAACUGCGUUGAGGCAAAGGGUAUGACUAACAUAAGCUGCCAUAAGAAGUUCCAGAAAUGCGUAAACGAGCUAAGCAAAUCGAUAAAACAAUCCAAAAAUAAAAAGGUUGGAUUUUCAAAACAAUGCCCUUACUCGGUAGUCAUACCAACGGUGAAUCAAGGAAUGGAUAUCGGCAUUAUGUUCAGUCAACUAGGCAAUGAUAUGAGAACCGAGCUUUGAGUUUUGCUGCAAAUAUACUCUUGGCCUACAAGGCAUCUCAUUGGUCCUUGGUAGUUUUAGAAGAUUCUUUGGUGGUGGUGGUGAUUACUGUAACUACUUCCACUGCAAGUCUCACCUAGAUUAGCUUAAUUCAAGUUCCACUGAAUGAUUUUAAGAUGUUAUUCUUGGCACUAGAUUCUGACCCAAGCAUAUAUGUUUAAGCAUGGGUGUUUGGUUCCCGG